AUGAUGAGCGCCGCGCCAUACGUCGCCUUUGGGACUUCACCCCAUUCCGACACAGCCACCCUCGACGCUGGGGGUCCGCUGCAGUUUAAACCUUCAUCCGAUCAGAUAGGAUCUAAAUCCAUGUCGCGAGUAUUGGUGACUUGGAUGGUCACAUAUGGCGUCAAACGGGCUACAGCGACGGUGCCACUCGAGGGAGAUUGGCCUACCGGAGGGGACAGUCUAUCACAAUGA